CGGAGCGCACUGCUCGGCUGCAUGCAGCGCGCAUAGUGGAGGCACGCUUUCGGAGAGUCAGAUGUGUGCUGCGCCAAUGCUCGGCGCGGCAGCAGCAUGGCGACCGGCGCGUCCAACCCGUACACGAGCGUGUCGAGCCUGACCAGUGUGCACCUGGGCAGUCAGGGGAUGCAAGUUGCUUCUUCGCACGUCGGUUACGGACGCGAGCCUCCCGAGAUGAAGUAUAUGCCACCUCAACAUCAGGGACCCAACGGCUUGGGUCACCACCAUCAUCCGCAAUGGGUAUCCCUACCGGCGGACAGUUGGUCAAUGGGUCCAGCCGACAUCAAGCCGCUUGGUGCUCCGAGUGACCGAGGUGAUCCCUUAGGUCACCUCGGCGGUCAUCAUCCUAGAGCACCGCAACAUAUGAGUGCAUGGCAUCAUCCUGGUCUAUCUCACAUGGGAAUGGGUCAUCAAGGCGGCGGCUCACCUCUUCAACACCACGGCUACGGUGGUAUGAAUGGCAUGUUAGGUGGUGGGGCUCAUCCUGCCAUGCGAGAGGUAACCCACGUGGAUCAAGUUCCUCCGCAUCAACACAUGGGUCAUCCUGAUCAACUCCGGCAACUGGACCAGCGGCUCCCCUCCGAGUGUGGUGAGGAGGAGGCCCCUAGUUCGGACGACCUGGAACAGUUUGCGAAGCAAUUUAAGCAGCGCCGAAUCAAACUGGGCUUCACGCAAGCGGAUGUAGGGUUAGCAUUGGGUACCUUGUACGGUAACGUGUUCAGCCAGACGACCAUCUGCCGGUUCGAAGCGCUCCAGCUAAGCUUUAAGAAUAUGUGCAAACUGAAACCUCUGCUCGCCAAAUGGUUAGAAGAAGCCGACAGCACGACGGGAUCUCCGACGAGCAUCGACAAGAUUGCGGCGCAGGGGAGGAAGCGAAAGAAGCGGACGAGUAUCGAGGUGUCGGUGAAAGGAGCCCUCGAGUCGCACUUCCACAAGCAGCCCAAGCCGUCCGCCCAGGAGAUAGCGUCCCUGGCUGACAGUCUGCAGCUCGAGAAGGAAGUGGUCCGCGUCUGGUUCUGCAACCGGCGGCAGAAGGAGAAGCGGAUGACGCCGCCUAUCAACCAGCCGCAGGCUGGGGCACCGGCUGGUGCGGCCACCCCCGACCUGAUGAUGUGCCAUGGCGGCUCACCCGGGGACAUGCACCACCACUCGCCUCCGAUGCUGCAGUCGCCUCCUCCGCCGCCUCACCCCGCCGGCCCGUUGCACCCCGUCGGCCAAUCUCUUACGGCACACUGACCAGCGCUUUACCCCUGCUUGUUUAGCUGCCCGCCAGAGGAACAGUGAUGUGGACAAGCAGGGGUCGGGUUGAAACCCCGAUCCUCCGACUCAAUGUGCCUCCUGUGUCUCUCUCAAGUGCAAUCUCUCUCGGACACGUCGGGGGAACGUCGGUAUCUCAUCCCGGGGCUCAUGUACGAGCUCAACUUCUGUACAUAAGACGCGUGUAGCAUAUAAUAACUGCAUGUGUGCUGGUGCCAACCCGCCCACCUGAUGUUUUAACAAAAACACAAACCAACAGGCAGGUCCAACUAGUCCAGGUAGGCGCAGCCACUUUCUUUCGUUCUAUUUUCCUUGGCGGUCCCCGUUGAGUUGACCCUCCAGAGGGGGCCCCUCUCUUUGAGGGGCGAGAAAAUCCCGGUCAGUGAUCGCGCUUUUUUUUUUUUUUUUUUGCCAUGUUUGCUCGGAGGGGAGGCCUUUUUAUCUUAACGAGUUUUUCUUCUUAUCCCGGUGCUUCUUUUUUGUUCAUGUGGUCAGCCGGAAAAGCCGGGAGGGACAUAAUGGAUAUACACUCUCUGUUGCUGUCUUUAGGACGCGAGAAAAAGCCGGUUCGCGAGACUCGCAAGUCGAGCCAAAAAUCUCCUCUAUACGAUUGGGAAACGAGCCCAGAACGCUUGCUCUGCCAUUUCAGCAAAACUGCUCGCACAUUACACCACGUGUGGCGUCCCUUUGGCGCUCUCUUAAAAUCGAAAUUGUUCUGAGAAUCUAAUCGAUCGACGAAAGAAAGCUUAUACUCCCAUCGAGAGAGACAGGAGACCAAAACUCUCUAGUUAAGGAGCAAAAUUGUGCCUCGUUUCGUAGAAGCUGCCGCAGAAGCCACUCGUUAGUUGUUCAAAAUGUUCAAAACGGUGGUUUGACGAUGUCGUCGUAUCUACUGACCACGCGUGCCAAUUAAAGUUUGUAUAGGCUACUAUAGAAAAAAAUUGUGAAGAACAUUCGUUCGCCAAAACAUUCGCUUGUUUGUUUCUGUAAUGCAAGAGCCGGCGGAACGUGGUCUCGCAUAUUUUCCUCAUGCUAAUUUCACGUUCAUUUUAUGCAGUGAGGGAAUUUAAUAGGGCCGUCUGGCAUACCUGCAUGGCGGGGAUUCCCCGUUCCUUUUAUUUCAAUCGCUGGUUGUGUAUGUUUUUUUUUGUUUGUUUUUUAUCGUUAUAUAUAACAUGUAGCUGUUUUCAAACUUUUGCUUUCCAAAGGGCCUUCCAGUAUCCGUCUGGAGGAGUCCAAUUCUGAUUAUUCUGGUUUUGUGUGUCUCAAUUGCUUCACGAUGGCUUUGUCUUUCGUGCGCAUCAAAAAAUCCAACAGUAUUGUUUAGUUUAGUGGUAACAGAAAUUGCGUUCGCUGAGACACAACCAGGUUUCAUUCGCUCACUGGGAAGUCGUUUUAAGGUUACGUUGCAUGAACGGAGGCAUCAAACAAGCGCAUCACUGACCGCAGUUCUGGGCCCCGACUCAAAAUCGACAUAAGAACUGCGAGAAUUCUGAAAAAAAAAAAAAAAAAACCGCAUUGACCUAAACAAACACUUUCGAAAAAGGUCCCAUUCUUAGGCGAAAAACACCGUUUUUCUCCUAUUUCCAAAGUCUCAGGACCGAUGCCAUGGAAAUGUACAAAUGUGUGUUUCGUUUCUUUUACGUUGAAUGGAGUCACACAGAGAAGAUGUGAACUUCACGACAUUCCAGCUGUGUGGGAUGAACCCACACUGGGCAGCAGUUUCAGGGAAUAGCAGUGUUUCAUUCAUCGAAGGUUUCAUGUCACAUUUCAUGUCACAAUCCAACGCGCAUAACAGCGAUUAUCGCAAAGCGAAGCUGACGCGUACAAUAGAAACUGAAAGAAAAAGAAAAAGUUAAAAUCCUAAUCUGGCAAGUUUACGACGGUUGCUAUACGUUACAAACUUGCAAGAUGUCGCAGAACUCGAUCCAACACACGUGCGGUUGUGAUUUCAUCUACUAACUGUUCAGUGGGCAAUACCAACGUUUUUGGACUGUGCAGGUAUGGUGUGUGUGUACAUUUUUCUUGAGUCACAUUUUUCUUGCGUGUAAAUAGAGACUUUCUUCUGCACAAAACUGAGGGUUCCUGUGUUUAACUGUACAUACCUUAUACAUAGCUAAUAAAAAAGAGCGACUUGAAAAACAAACGAUGUGUUGAAUAUAGUUAAAAGAAAAAGGCUGCUGACACAAAUUAUGACUUUUUAUGACUGAAGAGUGGUUCGUAUUAUAAAUAUAUUUGUGCCUGUAAAUGGUGUGUGUGCAUGUGCGCGUGUUUUCUUUUUUUUUUUUUUUUUUAACGUUUUUGUCGACUUCUUUCGUCGGCUACGAUUUUCUUUUUUAGCGGGGCUCGUAAAAAAUAUUUUAUUGCCAUUUAUUGUCACGUUAUACAACUUGGCAUGGCCGAGAAUUUUUUUCCGGUAAAGCUUACAGACCAGUCAACGAAACGGGGGGGAUUCCAUUCGGUUCAUCUGUGAAGUGGACUUUUUUUCUUUUAGUGUUGUUCGCUUUAGCGAUGUUUGUUUUUUAUUUAUUGGAAAGAAAAAGUUUAUCUGUUUAGAAGCUGAAGCAAUAUGUGUGAUGACUGUAGGUGUUUUAUGAAGCACUGGUUUGAAUACAAAGAAAGCUGCUUUUUUGAGAUUUCGAAAAAUAAAAACUGGUUUCCUUUCC